GAAAACUGUACAACUGAAAAAGCCGCCUUAACAUGUUUUACUAAGUCGCGUGCAAACUGUAGCGCCACAGGUUACCGUUUUUCGACAUUGUAGUUCGUCUACCUUGCUUAAAUAUAAGAUGCGAGACGCGACCAUGCCGAUGUAGUAGGUGUGCACGAGUGUGUGUUAUGUACUCGUGUCCGUUUUAAACCUCAAAAAGUUGGUCGAUUUUGCUGGAAAAGUUUGUCAGUUUACCGUGGACGAUAAUAUUUUCAUACAGUGGACAGAGAAUCGGAAGGCAUAUUAUCACGAUGAAUAAUUGCGGCAUACACCUGAUGUUUUUUCUAUCAGUUAAUCUGUUGAUUCUAUUGGGCCACGUAGCCGGUUCUAAGGUGUUGCAAAUUCGUGGGAUAUCUAACGCGAAAAGUUCGCUUUACCCAUCGGAUCGUGACUUCCAGUGCCUUGAUGGAAGCCUAAUAAUACCAUUUUCAUAUGUAAAUGAUAAUUAUUGUGAUUGCGCGGAUGGCAGCGAUGAGCCCGGUACGCCUGCCUGCACAAACGCCUCGUUCUACUGCGAAAAUUCCGGUCAUAAGCCUCGCUAUAUACCAUCCACCUGGGUAAACGACGGUGUUUGCGACUGUUGCGAUGGCAGUGACGAAUAUAGCUCGGGCAAGGAAUGCUUAAAUAAUUGUAAUGAACUUGGGAAGGAAGCCAGGUUGGAGCAACAAAAAGCAGAAGAGUUGAUAAGGGAAGGUAACAAGAUAAGGAUGGAAAUGAUUGCUAAAGGCAAACAAUUAAAGACAGAUUAUCAAGCACGCUUAGUUAAAUUACGCUCAGAAUACGAAGAAGCAGAACUUGUAAAGAAGGAGAAGGAAUUAUUAAAGACUCAAGCAGAGGAACGCGAAAGAGCUGCUUUAGAAAAGUACAAGCCAGCUGAACCAGAACAAUCUGUAGCACAAGAAGGAGAAGAGGAUGAAGAAUUGCACGAGUCAGAUGCAGAGGAUUAUUUUAAACUACUAGACUCCGAUAAUAGCGGUACUGUAACAAUUGCAGAGCUUCAAACUAGGGUGACGUUUGACAAAGACAGAAAUGGAGUUGUAACUGAAGAAGAGGCAAUGUAUUUCUUAAAUAAUCAGAAGGAAGUCAAUCUUCAAGAUUUUAUUGAUUCAGUAUGGCCAAAUGCGAAGGUCUUCUUAAUGUUAGAACAAGGGAUGUUUAAACCAGCGAGUCGGAAAGAAGAGGGAGAAGACGAAGAAGAUGAAGAAGGAGAGAUUCGUGAGCCAGUGGAUGAAACACCUGAGCAAGAAAAAGUUGAUGGCACAGAGGCAGAUGAAGCUGUAGGCAAAGAACAGGUGAAACCCGAGGAAUCUCAAGUGCAGUACGACGAAGAAACGCAAACUGUCAUAGAUGAAGCAACAGCUGCACGUGAGAAUUUCGAAAAAGCGGAAAAAUCCGUAAAUGAACUGUUAACGGAAAUCAGAGAGUUUGAAGAAAAAUUAGAUCGUGACUUCGGCGUUGAUAAUGAGUUCAUACCUCUAGACGGCGAAUGUUUCGAUUAUACGAAUUUGGAAUAUGUUUACACCUUGUGCAUGUUUUCGAGAGCGACGCAGAGAUCGAAAUCUGGCGGCAGCGACAUUAACUUGGGUCACUGGAACGAUUGGAGCGGACCGGAAGGUCAAAGGUAUUCGAAGAUGAAAUACGACUCUGGCCUCAGUUGUUGGAACGGACCUGCGCGUUCUACCAUUGUCAAUCUAAGCUGUGGUAAAGAAAAUAAACUAGUUUCAGUGACAGAACCUAGCCGGUGCGAGUACGCUAUGGAAUUUUCCACGCCAGUUGUAUGCAAUGCGAAUCUGGAAUCCGCCAAUACACAUGACGAAUUAUAAAUUUCAUAUCGCAUAAACGUGCAGGAUUUAAUACGCGAUUGUAUGACUUUGAAACGUAAGGUACAUAAAAAUGGCAAGGAUGAAUAACGGCCUAUUUUCAAGUUUGUUUCUUGAAUGUUUAACGCGUUAAAUAAAUAGUUAUUACAACUUUGCAAAUUUGCAAAUUUGCACAAAGUUUUUUACUAUUGAAGAUAAACGAAUCUGAUAAGCCAUAGUAAGAGACCCUAGUCAAAGCUCUUACGAUAAGUAAUGGUAAUUUUAUCGAGUAUCGAAUUCGUGAUCCGUUAUUCGUCCUUGAAUUAGAAACUCUUUGUCGUUGUACUUGUAUACAUAAACAAACAGAAUUCGUAGCCGAUAACACGAUCGUGAGUUAUCAACGAGCUCAGUUUGCUUAAAAGGUAGAGAGACAUUUGAAUAUUCGUGAUAAGUGAAUAAGAAAUCGUUGUUACACAGUAAUUGCCAAUAUUGUGUUACUGUUAUACAUUCCUCCUUUUGUACGAGACGAAUUUUUAUGAACUGGUCCGAAUAAAACGACCUAAGCUGUUUCACUCGUCAUUGGGUCAUCACGCAGUUGAGCGACUACCUAUUUUCGUCAAGGUCUACAAGACUCUCACCCGAAGUAAAUGAACUGGAGCAACCACUCAUGCACACAUAUACACUCUGCAAGAACAAAAAAAAAAAACAAUUUUCCCAAAUUGCUACGUGUAACGUAGAAAACUGUAUUUAAUGUAUCGAGAUAUUUUGUAAUUUUCUAAAGAUGUGUCCGUGAUCGACGCAUCGGAAUGCGGGUUCAAUAAAGAGGAAAAGAAUUUUGUUGUCGAACUGUAA